AUGGUUGACUUUCAGAAUCAAAAUUCAGACGCUGAUAUAGAAAUGUAUGCAACAUUUAUUGAACGGUUUGCGGUUCGUGUCGUGUUUAACAUGAACUUCAAUGAUGACGAUGUAGAUGAAGUUCCCACAAAUACGACGAUGGUUGUUGUGAUGGUUCCGGUGCUACAACUGAGGAUGAACCGAAAGCGCUUGAUCUCCAUCCACGAGUCAAGGGACGAUGAUGUUAUGACGGUGAACGCUUUUCUUGAUGCCGAUGAAUGUGUGAAAUGUGUCUUGGAGAAAUUUUAUGAGUUGUCUGGAUUAAGGCUUAAUGUUUCAAAGACUGAAAUUUUUAUUGCUAGCAUGUUAGCUAGUCAGAUGUCUUUGGUGCAUGAGGCAACUGGUUUUAAAAUAGGCGGUCUUCAUGUGAGAUAUUUAGGAGUGCCUUUUGUCUUUAGGAAGUUAACAAAGAAGGAUUCUGCAAGUUUGGUGGAGAAAAUUAAGGCUAAGCUGCAGCUUUGGUCGAAUAGAUGGUUAAGCUAUGCAGGAAAGUUACAAUUGGUUAAAGAUGUUUUAUUCAGGUGGACCAACUUUGUGCUAGAUUUUUCUGAAAGAGUGGAGAUGUGCCAGAAAAGGGAGCUCGAGUGUGCUGGGGGAAACUUACUUGUUACUGAAGGUUCUCUUUGGGUGGCUUGGGUAAGGACAUAUGUCUUUAAGGGCAUAGAUCUUUGGCAUUCUCUUAUUGCUUGGAUGGCUAUUCUUGAUAGGUUUCCAACUGCUGACAAAUUGCUUAGAAUGAGAAUUGAGGUUGAUGUUUAA